GAAGGAAAGAACCUUUCUAAAAUGCGCGAGGAAGCAACACCAACAACUGCCAAUGACGACAGCAAUGAGGUCCUCUAAACUCUUCACUCGAGGUCUCCUUUCUCGUGGCCUCUCACUAUCCUGUGCUGCCAGAAUACUCCUCCGGACACCAAGUCGUAGCGCGCAAUUGAGCACCGCAGCUGCGCCAGUUCGGAAACUCGGACAGCCCACGCACGAAACACAUCCGCACCUGCUGAAAGCCGGCGAAGUAACCCCCGGCAUAACUGCGAUCGAAUACGCCCUCCGCCGCUCGCAACUCGCCGCCUCUCUCCCCGAAGGUGGCAUUGCCGUGAUCCCCAGCUCAAUCAUAAAAUACCGGUCCGGACCCGUCUUCUAUGAGUUCCAUCAGGACCCAGAUUUCUUCUACCUCACGGGCUUUCUCGAGCCCGAGUCCGUCGCCGUGAUUGAAAAGACCGGGCCAGAGGGCGAACAUACAUUCCACCUGUUUGUCCGCGGGAAGGAGGCGCAUGCCGAGCUAUGGGAGGGUUCCAGGACGGGGAUCGAAGGGGCUAUGGAGGUGUUCAAUGCUGAUAAAGCCUACGACGUGGACCAUCUACAAUACCACAUCUCUCCAAUCAUUCAGGCCGCAAAAACUGUAUACGUCGAUGUCCCUUCGCAGUCGCAGUCUCAACAUACCGUAUUCUUUGGCGCGACGAAGGGCACUACGCUCAUCUCUGCGUUGGAAGGGAAACGGACGCAGCCACUGAAGCCGGCGAUGCACCGCUUGCGAAUCACCAAGUCUGGUGCUGAAGCUACUGUCAUGCGGAAGGCAGGAAAGAUGUCCGGGAGAGCGUACAACAAGGCUAUGGCACAAGACUUUCUGACGGAGAAGGACCUUGCCUCUUACCUUGAGUAUGAGUUUAAGGCCGGCGGUUGUGAUGGGAGCGCUUAUGUUCCGGUGGUCGCUGGUGGAGAAAACGCCUUGACGAUCCAUUACACCAACAACAACAAUAUCCUUCGUGACGGGGACUUAGUUCUAGUCGACGCUGGCGGGCACUACGGCGGCUACGUAACUGACAUCACACGGACGUGGCCCGUCUCGGGCCGGUUCACCGCUGCCCAAAAAGACCUCUACAAUGCCGUCCUCACCGUCCAACGUAACUGCGUCAAGCUCUGUCGCGCAGACGCAGGACUGUCACUGGACGAGAUCCACCAUGUCGCGGAGGACGGACUACGACAGGAGCUGUUGAGGCUUGGGUUCGACCUAAGCGGGAAUGCACUGGGAAAUGUUCUGUUUCCGCACCAUGUGGGCCACUACGUGGGUGUAGAUCUACAUGAUUGCGGCACGUAUGGAAGGAGGGCGCCGUUGACGGCUGGCCAGGUCAUCACGGUUGAACCUGGUGUAUAUGUUCCCAACAAUUCCCGCUGGCCAAAACAUUUCCGUGGUAUGGGAAUCCGUAUCGAAGACAGUGUCUACGUCGGCGAGGAGAACCCGAUCGUUCUCUCGGUCGAGGCGGUAAAGGAGGUUGACGAUAUCGAGGCGCUGCGGGAGGAGUAGACAAAAAAGUAUGCAUAGUUGCAAUUGGACGUGUAAGAUAUGUAGAUACUCUACUACGAUUUUGAUAGAGGGGACGAGGCUGAAG